CGCGAUAGCUUCACCUCAGUGGCGGCUGUGUGGCCCCCUGUCUUAGUCCGGACGGAGUUGUUUCUGACGUUUGAAUGAAAAACAGUGCAAAUUACCUCCUCUUUGGACCCAGGAAAUAAUGGCUUCAGCCUUGGAGCAGUUUGUGAACAAUGUGCGGCAGCUCUCCGCUCAAGGCCAGAUGACUCAGCUGUGCGAGUUGAUCAACAAGAGUGGGGAGCUGCUGGCCAAAAAUCUGUCCCACCUGGACACGGUGCUGGGGGCCUUGGACAUCCAGGAGCACUCCCUAGGCGUGCUGGCUGUGCUAUUUGUGAAGUUCUCCAUGCCAAACAUCCCUGACUUUGAGACGCUCUUCUCCCAAGUCCAGCUCUUCAUCAGUACCUGCAAUGGAGAGCACAUUAGAUAUGCAACAGACACUUUUGCUGGUCUCUGCCACCAGUUGACAAACGCCCUUGUAGAGCGGAAACAGCCAUUGAGGGGUGUCGUCGUCCUAAAACAGGCAAUAGACAAAAUGCAGAUGAACACAAACCAACUUACCUCAGUUCAUGCAGACCUGUGUCAGCUGUGCUUGUUAGCAAAGUGCUUCAAGCCUGCCCUACCCUUCUUGGAGCUGGACAUGAUGGACAUCUGUAAGGAGAAUGGAGCCUACGACGCAAAGCACUUUUUAUGUUACUACUACUAUGGUGGCAUGAUCUACACGGGCCUCAAAAACUUUGAAAGAGCACUGUAUUUUUAUGAACAGGCAAUAACCACUCCAGCCAUGGCAGUGAGCCACAUCAUGUUGGAAGCCUAUAAGAAAUACAUCCUGGUGUCACUCAUUCUCCACGGCAAAGUGCAGCAGCUGCCCAAAUACACCUCACAAAUAGUAGGGAGGUUCAUCAAGCCCCUGAGCAACGCAUACCACGAGUUAGCCCAGGUUUACACCACCAACAACCCGGCCGAGCUGCGCAGCCUGGUCAACAAACACAGCGAGACCUUCACACGAGACAACAACACAGGCCUGGUCAAACAGUGCCUCUCCUCCCUCUACAAGAAGAACAUCCAGAGGCUAACAAAGACCUUUCUGACACUGUCUUUGCAAGACAUGGCAAGUCGAGUGCAGCUUUCAGGCCCCCAGGAGGCAGAGAAAUACGUCUUACACAUGAUUGAAGAUGGUGAGAUCUACGCUAGCAUUAACCAAAAGGAUGGUAUGGUCUGCUUCCACGACAACCCCGAAAAAUACAACAACCCAGCAAUGCUCCACAAAAUUGACCAAGAGAUGUUGAAAUGUAUAGAGCUGGAUGAGAAACUAAAGUCUAUGGAUCAGGAAAUCACAGUAAACCCACAAUUUGUGCAGAAGAGUAUGGGAUCGCAGGAGGAUGAUGUUGGUAGCAAAACAUCAAGUUAUUCCUGAGGGGCCUUUUGACAGGGACAGAACGCUGCAGCCACCCAACACGUUCUUCCCAGGAUGAGUUGGAUUUUUUUAAAAGAAGAAAACAAACAUUCUAUUGCAUAAGGACAUUGGUCAAGGAAAAUCUAAUUGUGUGGAAUGAUGAUAAAUUUGGUUAUUCUUACUUCACAGUGUCUUAAGGAUAACAAAAGAUCCUUACAGAAAAGGAAAAAAGAAAAAAAAAAAAAAAAAAGAUUACAAUUUUGUCAGUGUUUUAUUUAUCAAUGUUCAGGUUGGAGCGCCACUGCUACAUUAACAGAAACCACAAUAAUAAAAACUGGACUUAUUUGUUCCAAACAUAUGUGUGAAUAAUCUCACUGUUUGUUUUGGUUCUGCUGCAUGAUGGCCGUAAACUCGAGGGCAUUACAUAUGAGGUAAAACAACUAUGGCUGACGAGGAAUAAAUCUGAUUAUAUUCUACAUUUGUAAAGACUGCAA